AUGAAGCGGCCAGCUAAGCCGGGAGGUGCUGCGUCCAGCCUCCGCCUCUUCCCUGCCGGAGGAGCUGCCCUCAAGCCACUGCCCACCUUCUCCAGCCCCACUGGCAGUGCUGUCAUCCCUAAGAAAAGCGACGGCGUUGCCCGGGCGACGGGAGGCGCUGGGCCUGCUCGCCGGUCGGGCGUCGGGAUGAGCUCGGAGGGCGAAGGCGGCGGCGGCGGCGCCGAGGGGGCCGAGGAGGGCGGCGAGGGCGCGGGGGGAGGCGCGCGCAAGGCCCCCAACCUCGCCUCCGAUGACCCGCAGGAGCGUAUCGCCGCCCGGCGACUCCGCAUCGCCGCCCGGCUAGAGGCCAAGAGAAGGGAGGCCCUUGGAGAAGAUCCAGAUGCUCAAAAGCUGGUGGAAGAGGAGCAGAGUCGGAGCCACAAGCAGAUAGAGGACAGCAGACAGAGGUUGACUAAGCUGCUGAUUGAUGGCACACAGCUAGUGACUAACAUCCAGGUGGCAGCUGAUUCUCGAGAGACGCACAGGAGGGCAGAGGAAGAGGAGCUGAACCGGCAAAGGGUGGAGAAGCUGGAGAAUGAAUCCAAGGCCAACCAAGACAAGUUCAAUGAGAUCACUUCCAAGUGGGGAGCUACCAAGGAGAAGGUCAUCCCCCAGGAGCUCUGGGAAGGGCUCAACACGCAGCAGAUGCUGUGCGCACAGCUGAUCGAAGAAAAGAACAAGCUCAUCAGUGAGCUGCAGCAGGAGCUGAAAAGCAAAGAUGACCAGUACGUGAAGGAUCUCAGGAAGCAGACAGAAGACAUUAACCUGCUGCUGGAGCGGAUGGAGGAGCAGAUCAGAAACCUCAUAAAAAACUACCGCCGAGAGCUCCUGCAAAUUGAGAAAGCCUUUGAAUUAGAGCGCCGUGAACUCCUCACGAGCAACAAGAAGAAAUGGGAGCAGGCCAUGCAGUUGCUCAACCGCCAAGAGCUGGAUUUCAUGAUGGCCCGCCUGAAGAAGGUGGAGGAAUAUGAGCAGGAGCUGAACCAGCUGCGGGUGCAAGACGCAGAGGAGUACAACGUGAUCAAGAUCAAGUUGGAGCAUGACGUGCAGAUCCUGGAGCAGCAACUCCAGCAAAUGAAAGCCAUCUACCAGCUGAACCAGGAGAAGCUGGAGUACAACUUCCAGGUCCUGAAGAAACGGGACGAGGAGAACACCAUCAUCAAAUCCCAACAGAAGCGGAAGCUCAAUCGGUUGCACGAUAUCCUGAACAACCUGCGCCUCAAGUUUGCCAGGCAGAUCAAGCAGUACCGCGAGGAGAACAUGGCUCUGACGGCCGACUACAAGCGGAUUGUGCAGCAAUACAAGGACCUGCAGAGGACCAUGAGGCACUUUGCCAUCGUGGACGCCGAGCACUUCCUGGACGUGUGGCUGAUGAACGAGGAGGAGGCCAAGGGCCUGAUCCGCAAGGUCUUCAGCGCCGACCGCGUCAUCCACGCCCAGCAACUGGGGGUACAGUGGAUCGAGCCAGAAGGCUGGUUCCUGCACAAUGUGGGUCCCAUCGUGCACAGCAAGAAGAUGAAGUCGGCCAGCGAACUGGCUAGGGAGGUGAUUGCGCCAGAAACCAGCAAGUCUCUCACGUUGGAGGGCAGCAGCUUCCGAGAUGAGAAGGAAAGCUCCCCAGACGAGGACCGCCAGGGGCCUGAAGGCACAGAGCCAGAGGUCAAGGCGCUUUGGUCCGUCUCCACCAAGACGAUCAAGCACAUCCUGGAGCUCCUGUGCGAUGAGUCGGGCUUCCUGAUCGAGAGCAAACUCCGAGGUCUCCUCCAGCCCUUGGAGAAGCACGACCGGACCCUCAUGAGGCUGGACUCCAUCUUUGCACAGCACACACUAAUCCUGACACUGGCGGCUAACCCUUCCUCUCCGCAGGCUCUGUCCAUCGUCAGCGAAGACGACGUGUAUCACCUGGUGCAGUUCUUCAGGAGCUUCAAGGCUCAGCAGGUGGCUGCUAAUCCGGAGUUGGAAGAGUUCCUCGCGGAGCUAGGCCCCAAAGAAGAGCCUUCAGAGGUCGAGGCUGCGGAGGAGGGGGAGGGGGAAAGGGAGGGCUCUUUGGGCCCGCAAGACGAGGCCAAAGUCCCCCCGAGCUCUUCUUCGAUUCUCUCUUCUUUGUACAUGCACCCCAACGACAUCCUUAAAGCCCUUAAGGCCUUCGUCCAGGAGUUCCAGGAGCCAAGGGACAAACACCCCCAGGUGAAGAAGGCGCGCGAAGAACGGGACAACUCUAAGGACUCGGAGUAUUGGGACGCUCUCGCCCACGCCAUCCCAGAUGGGAACCUGAAGUUGUGGGAUGCCCUGGUCUCUGGCUUGCACAAAUACCACCAUAUCCUGGACCAGAGGGCAAAGCUGAUCGCCGAGACGGACGGGCUGCGCCAGCAGAAUUCAGAGCUCAGGAUGCUGCUACGGCAGUACCUCCAGUCCCCGGUGAAUGCCGAGCUGCUGAUCCCUCCCACCCACUUACUGCACCUGCAGAUGAACACCUGACGUCUUGGCGCGGUUGCUCCCGCAGCAUCUUCUUCAUAGGCAUCCCAGCAAGCCUUGCUUAACUCCUCAAAGGAGUGUCCGCAGGGAAGAGCAGGCUUGGCCUGUCGUUCCCUCAGCUGCCCUUGAUCGCUGGUUUGGGCCACACCUUGGUGAGUAGCCCCUGGCGAGCUGCAAGCCACACAGCUGUUCCCCAGCAACAGGGGCAUCCCAGGGAAGGCUUGCAAACACUUUUGACAUGUGUUGAGAUCAGGACUUUUGAGUGUCCUGAAAAAUCCCCAUCUGAUGUGUUUCAGAACCAGCAAAACUCAACACUGAUCCUCCCAAAACUCUCGGGUUUGUUACCCUUUGGGAGAAGAUGUUACUCUGAACGCAGAGGUUUCUAAGUGUCAUUAGGGAGAGGAGGCAAAUAAAUGGCUAAUGGUUGUGG